GUAUGUGUGCGUGGUGGUAGCCGUGCAGUGUGUUACUCACUACUCACUCAGUGAUUCGAGUGUGUGGCAGUCGGUUGAGAAGUCGACGCUGUUGUAUGCGUUGACUGCGGGUUGAGAGAUAACACGAGUGAAUUUGCUGUAGCAAGGGUGGUUCUGUGUGGUCGCACUGAAAUUACUGCAGCCCAUGUGCUCUGCUUGUUAAAAUGCUCAUCAAAGAAUUCCGUGUCACUUUACCUCUCAAUGUGAAAGAGUACCAAGUGGCUCAACUAUAUUCUGUAGCAGAAGCUAGCAAAAAUAAUACUGGAGGAGGAGAGGGUAUAGAAGUGCUAAAAAAUGAGCCAUUCACAGAUUAUCCUUUGCUUGGUGGAAAAUAUUCUUCAGGUCAAUAUACAUAUAAAAUUUAUCAUUUAGCUAGUAAAGUGCCUGCUUUUAUUCGUAUUAUGUUGCCAAAGAAUUCCUUGGAAAUUCAUGAAGAAGCUUGGAAUGCUUAUCCUUAUUGCAAAACAGUUAUUACUGUGAGUACAGUUUGUUUUUUAAACAUACUUUCUCAUGUAUUAUAUAUGUUAUGUAUUUUGAUAUAUUUUUUUUUGCAGAAUCCUGGAUAUAUGAAAGAAAAUUUUGUAAUUAUGAUCGAAUCAUUUCACAUUGAUGAUGUUGGAGAUCAGCAUAAUGUUCAUGAAUUGCCUCCUGAUAAAUUAAAAAUAAGAGAAGUCAUACACAUUGAUAUUGCAAAUGAUCCAAUUGCAAGUGCUGAUUACAAAGAAGAUGAAGACCCAACCAAAUUUAAAUCUGUGAAAACAGGUCGUGGUCCUCUUGUUGGUAAAGAUUGGAAGAACAAUGUCCAACCUGUAAUGACAUGUUAUAAGCUAGUGACUUGUGAAUUUAAAUGGUUUGGUCUACAAAAUCGUGUUGAAAACUUUAUACAAAAAGCAGAGAGGCGUCUUUUUACUAACUUUCAUAGGCAAGUUUUCUGUUGGAUAGAUCGUUGGUAUGGUUUAACUAUGGAAGAUAUUAGAGCAAUUGAGGAAAGUACGAAAGAAGAAUUAGAUAGGCAAAGACAUCAAGGAGAAGUAAGGGGUAUGCGAGCUGAUGAUUGAGGCUUUGAUAGCUUCUAUUAUGAAUCGUUAAAUCAAUUUCCUUAUAUGUCUCAGAUACAUAAGCAUACGUAUAGAAAUACACUCACAUAUGUUUUGUCAUAGGCGAUCCUGCAGGAUCGGGACAAUUUCGGGAAUUUAAGUGUCUAGAUUCUAUGUCUAUUACAUUUACUUAUGAUUUUAAUUUAUUUACAUUUACAAGCGUUUUAGAUAAAUGUAUCUACAGUCAAAGAUUAUAAUAUAGCCAAUAAUAAGAGAGAAUUGAUACACAAAUCAGUUCAACUUAUAUGAUGUAUAAAAUAUUCAAAAAAAAAAAAAAAAGAGUACAGUUCGAUAAAAAUCAAUAUAGGUGGAGAAAAAAAAUGUAAUUGUUAUUUAACACCGUAGUAGUUCGAUAUUAAAAUUUAUAAAUAAAUCGUUUGGAAUGCUUGCAUAACACAAAUAAGGAAAGACAGUUAACACAAAGACUGCGAGUUCAAUAAGAGUUCGCGGUUUGUGUUUUAGAUUCAUUAUAUUAUGGUUUGAAACCAGGAAAUAUUACUAUAUUUAUAAAUAACUGUUUUAAUAAGUUUGCGCAAUGGCCUGAGGUUUUUCAAGCCCAAUUAUAUAGUGUAUAAUAAUCAGAGAAAUUAAACGAAACUAUUUUAACAGUUCUACAAAUGAAAAUUAAUUUUGUAAUAAUUUAUUAACAUUCGACAUUAUAAUUAGAAUAGAGGUGUUAAAUUAGUAAACAACUGUAAUUGUGUUCUGCUUACGUUUCUUUUAAAUUUGAAAAAGUAGGCCUGUAUCAAAGUUAGGACCAACUUCAUAAAUCUUAAUUAAAUCAAUUUUAAUUGUACUAACAUAUGUUAUUUGUGAAAAAUAUGAAAAUAAUUAUAUAAAAUAAGUGAAUUAAUACACAGAUAUACAUAUAUGUAAAAGAAGAAAAAAACUUUCAAUGUGAAAGUCAGUAAACACUGAAAGAAUGCGCUAUUGUAUAUAAAAAAAGAGACAUACAAUGAAGUUCUGAUUGAAAUGUUUAUGAUGAAUUACAUACACUUACAUAUUUCUUUGCAUUCCAAUAGAUCUCUGUACAACAAAUACAAUUUAAGUGUCAUAUCCAACAUGUUUGCUUAUGCCAAAACAAAGAAAGAACUCGAUAAAAAUAUAUAGUUGAAGGAAAAUCGUAAUUGUCGUUUGCACAAAUUAUAUGUAUACUGUUAUCUGUUAUACUGGGAUCUAUAGUAUAGUAUUUAAGAUAGCUUUAGAAAUGCAAUUUAAACAAAAUAACCAUUGAAGUUUCGAAGUCUUAAUACAGGGAGUACCAGAAUUUGUGCUGCUCAGUUGUGAAUUUUAGUGUUUAAGUGCGAUAUUCGAUCGAAUUACCAUAUUAAUCGAGAUUUUAAAAUAAAAUCUCAUUAUGAGCAGUGUCUACCAUC